AUGGUAAAGAGUUGCCCGGGAAACAGGGGAUUCAGCCUACUGGAGAAGACGAGCAUUGUGGGAGUAGCCAAAAUCAGAUUACGUAGCAGGGAUGUAUUUAUUGGCUGGGUUACCUGCUCUUUGAAUGGAUCGCUUUCACUUUGCAAUCCUCAGAGUGUGAGUGAAGUUGAAAUGUGGAAAAGGAAGCAGAGACGUGUAGGAAACUCACAGGAGUCUGGUCAGCCAAAGCCCAGCACCAGUUUUAUUUGGUGUGAACAUGGUGGAUGCUGCACAUGCCUCUGGGAUGCAGACAAAAAGCUGAUUAGCGGGUCACAGCAUUUUGAAGUAAUUCUGCGGUGUCCAGUAGCGAGAGAUGUCUUUAAGGAGUUCCUGCAGUCUGAGUACAGCGAAGAAAACCUUAUGUUCUGGAUUGCCUGUGAGGAUCUGAAGAACGAAACCGACCCAUCAACUAUAGCUGAAAAAGCCAGGAAGAUUUAUGAAGACUACAUCUCCGUUUCUUCGCUGAAGGAGGUCAACUUAGAUUCACAAAUUAGGAAUGAUAUCAGCCAAAGCCUAGAAGAACCCAGCAGUAUGAUGUAUGAGGAGGCCCAGCAUCAGAUCUACAAUCUUAUGCGCAGAGAUUCUUUCCCCCGAUUUCUCAAGUCAUCUCUUUACAGAGAUCUUCUCAACAGCAAAAAUCAAAGUGCAUCGACAAUGAUAUAAACUUUUAAUUCUCCCUCUCUCUUGUU